AUGGCGCCCAUCCAGUUUGGUGUUAUCUUGAUACCAUUCCAACUCCUGGACGUUGCAGGACCUGUGGAUAUCCUAUCCUGCUCCUCGAUUCCAGCUCUACGGGGAUUCGGCAAUCCCGAGAUAGCUGAACGUGGUGUUGAUAUCGAAUUCCACUAUAUCGGCGAGGAAAUGAACUCUGUAAUCCAUUCUGCAGGUUUUAAAUCCCAGCCUACAACCACCGUCUCUACUUGUCCUAAGCUUGACUACCUCCUAAUCGGUGGGCCUUCACCAACUUAUCUCAACGAGAUCCCACCAGCGAUAGCACGAUUUGUGUGCGAGCGUGCGGACGAAGUCAAGACCGUAUUCACCACUUGCACCGGUGGAAUGGUCGCGGCCGCGUUGGGUCUCCUCGAUGGUCUUAAUGCCACAACAAACCACGAAGCCAUGGUGCUUGCGAAGAGACUUAGUCCCAAUGUCAAGUGGACAGCCGAAAAGAAUUGGGUCAUUGACGGCAAAUUUUGGACUGCCGGUGGUGCAUGUGCUGGCAUGGACAUGAUGGCACAUUGGGUCAUGGAGAAUUAUGACAAGGAUAUAGCCGAAGCCGCGUUUGCAACUCUUGCUUAUGAACCGCGUGAUGUGAAUGGAAAACAGGUUAUUUUGGGACAUGUUUCAAAGUGA